AGGCCAGGAGAACGCCACCCUGGAGUCGGAGGGGGGAGUGCAGAUCACACCCUUCAACCUGAAUGAAGAGAUGGAGGAGGGGCACUUCGACUCGGAGGGCAAUUAUUUCCUGAAGAAGGAGGCCCAGAUCCGAGACCACUGGCUGGACAACAUUGAUUGGGUUCGGAUUAAGGAGCGUGUGGUGCCCCCCUCCUGGCUCUGGUGAGGAUGGGGAUUCAGACAAUGAUGAGGGGCGGGCUCCCCUGGAGAUGAAGACCUUAUUGGAGGAGAUCUUGAAGUUGUUGUUGCCGGGGGAGACGGUGGCGAAGGGCAUCCAGCGAUUAGGGGGCGGCAAGAAGAAACCCCCGAGAGUCCGACAAGGCAGAGGAGGCCGAAGAGGCAAAUCCCAGACCCGGGACAUGGAAGAGCCAACAGAAGAGGAGCGGAUGGAGGGGGAGAAGGAUCCCCAACUGGAGGGGGCGGAGAAGGAGGCGGAGCCUCUGGAUCAGCUCAUCUCUCUGGCUGACCAGAUGGUGGCGCUUGGAGUCUAUGAAGUCUAUCAGGACACCUAUGAGAAGCUGGCCUAUCGACUACGAGGCCUGACGGCUCCGCCCUCCCUGGACAUGUUCGCCGACGAGGUGGAGGAGGGCAAAGCUGGAGAAGAAGGAAGAGCCCCCCGGAUAUGGAGGAGGUUCUAUGGGAGUACAGAUGGGAGAACAAGGACGGGCGCCGAGCUCUAUGGACCCUUCACCAUGCGCACAGAUGCAGGAAUGGGUGGAUCAGGGAUACUUUGCGGAUGGAGUGUACUGCCGGCGGGUCAGCGGUGGGCAGUUCUACAACUCUCAUCGGAUAGACUUCGAUCUGUAUGUGUG